GUAUACAAAGCUCGGAUAUGCGGGUAAUACUGAACCCCAGUUCAUUAUCCCUUCAUGUAUUGCUAUCAAAGAGUCAGCAAAAGUGGUCGAUCAAGCACAAAGGAGGGUUUUGAAAGGUGUGGAUGAUUUAGACUUCUUCAUUGGGGACGAAGCAAUAGAAAAACCAACUUAUGCAACCAAGUGGCCUAUCCGCCAUGGUAUAGUUGAAGACUGGGACUUGAUGGAGAGGUUUAUGGAGCAAGUAAUCUUUAAAUAUUUAAGAGCAGAACCUGAGGACCAUUAUUUUCUUUUGACUGAGCCUCCAUUAAAUACUCCAGAAAAUAGAGAAUAUACUGCUGAAAUCAUGUUUGAAUCUUUCAACGUUCCAGGGCUAUAUAUUGCUGUUCAGGCUGUCCUUGCCUUAGCUGCAUCUUGGACGUCAAGACAAGUAGGAGAGCGAACACUGACUGGCACAGUUAUAGACAGUGGAGAUGGUGUCACUCAUGUUAUUCCUGUGGCUGAAGGAUAUGUGAUUGGCAGCUGUAUCAAACACAUUCCAAUUGCUGGGAGAGAUAUCACAUACUUCAUUCAGCAGUUGCUGAGGGAGAGAGAAGUAGGAAUUCCUCCUGAACAAUCCUUGGAAACAGCUAAAGCAGUGAAGGAGCGCUUUAGUUAUGUUUGCCCUGACUUAGUAAAAGAAUUUAACAAGUAUGACACAGAUGGUACAAAGUGGAUUAAACAAUAUACUGGAAUUAAUGCUAUCUCAAAGAAAGAAUUUACCAUUGAUGUUGGUUAUGAGAGAUUCCUGGGGCCAGAGAUUUUCUUCCAUCCUGAGUUUGCUAAUCCUGACUUUACACAACCAAUCUCAGAAGUAGUAGAUGAAGUUAUUCAGAAUUGUCCCAUUGAUGUUAGACGUCCUCUAUAUAAGAAUAUUGUCCUCUCUGGAGGCUCAACCAUGUUCAGGGACUUCGGUCGCCGUUUACAGCGAGACUUGAAAAGGACUGUUGAUGCCAGGCUGAAACUUAGUGAAGAACUUAGUGGUGGCAGACUGAAGCCGAAGCCCAUUGAUGUCCAAGUCAUUACACACCAUAUGCAGAGAUAUGCAGUCUGGUUUGGAGGAUCAAUGCUGGCUUCCACACCUGAAUUCUACCAAGUAUGCCAUACCAAAAAAGAUUAUGAAGAGAUUGGCCCUAGCAUCUGUCGUCACAACCCUGUGUUUGGAGUCAUGUCUUAAAGCUGACCCUGCAGGGGUCAGGGCUGGGGAAGUGGGGAGGAGGAAGAGUCUUUCUGAUUACUUGUUUGUCUGAUGGCUGGUAUUAAGAUAACAAACAUGACUUGACAAUAUGAAAAAGACCAAACACAAUUAAGCAGGAUCAUUUUAAUAAGUGUCUCAACAUGCGGAUGUAGUGGAAAGCCAAAAGGAUCACGUUUUUUCUUUAGAUUGAUUAUUUGAACCUGUGCGUAACAAAACAAAGAAAAAGUGGAUUUUAGUUCUUUCUGUGCCCUGAUAUUUUGUAUAUUAAUGAAUUAUCCAAGAUUUGAUGGGAUUUGAUGGUGUGUAGAUAGUCAGCUCUCUAAUGCUUCCAUUGUACCCCUUCAUGGGUGCAAUACAGGAGCUUGUUUAUAUUUCAUACUUUUUUAUACUUUGAGGAAAAAUAUGAAUAAAAGAAACUGUAAUAUUUGAGGAAAAAAAAUUUACCAGUGACCAACUUGAAAGUAAAUUUAAAAAAAAGAAAAAAAGUCAUGACUCAUGCAACUAGCUCUUGCAAAUCAUGACCAGUCUAAAUCCUGGGUUCCAUACAAUGCGAGUGCUUUUGGAACUAAGAAGCUACUAUCUUGGAUUAACCAAUGCCUGCUAGUGCUUUCUGAUUACUUGGUGCAUUUUCAUACUAUCUCUUGCUUUAAAAAAAAAAAAAAAAGUAAAGACAAGACUGUUGGACCAGUAUUGCAGUUCUGUAGUGUCAUUUCUAAUUAAACCAAAUAAUCAGGUUAUCAAAAUUUGGUGUAUUUAAAGCCUAACACCAUUCCAAUAAAGGCACAAAAUUUCUUUUUA